AUGGACAACAACUUGGCACCAGGGUACGGUAUUCCGUGCAGGUAGCAAGUGCGUGUGAUGUCGUACCUUCUUUGUCUACACUUUUAGAUGUGUGGGGGGGGAGGAUUAAAAGGAUGUUUUUAGUGAAGGGGAGGGGCCAACUUUGCGUAUAUAAUAAUUAGAAAACUUUUUGGAUAAAUCAUACUGUAAGAUGAGAUACUGUAGUUAGGGUUGAUAAGGCAGGGCAAGGCAGAAUAGGGUGAGGGUAAAAAUUUUUUUUAAAUCAGAAUUUUAAAUUAUAUCGUACUUCAACCUAACCUUCGAUAUUUGUUAACUUUAAUAUCGCCUUGAAUGUUGUUGUUUGCAACUUUUUUCCUCAAAAAUUAAUUGUCAUCAUCAUUUCAGUCCAAGCACGCCAUCCACCAUAGCCAAUCCAAUCUCAACCACAGCUCUAACUACCGCCUCGAACAUGUCACUCCUACAGAACAGCCCACUGAAUGCGCAACAAUUCAUCGCCCAGCAACAACAACAGCAAUUGUUGUCGAAUUUGUUCAAAAUCAACUCAAUGUCACAGCAGAAUAGUCAAACGACGGAUCCGAGCGCCUUGUUGAACUUGAUGAACGCACUGAAUACACAGAAUCAGCAACAAGUCGCACCCACGCCAAUGAUGAACCCCAUGAUGGUGUUUGCCAUGCAAGCUAUGCAACAACAACAGCAACAAGCGCAACAACAGCAACGGCAACAACAGCUGGCAAACUUGGCUAAGUCGUCGUUUAGUAGCAGUGAUCAUCAGAGUCCGCCAAUGAAGGUGAGUGAUCUUAUUGUAGCGUAACGUGCCCUAACCUAACCCUACCCUAUCCUACCCUACCUACUUUACCCUAUCCUACUUUACCCUACCCUACCCUACCCUACCCUACCCUACCCUACCCUACCCUACCCUACACUACCCUAUCCUACCCUACCUACUUUACCCUAUCCUACCUUACCCUAACUUACUGUAGAUUAGCCACACUCUACUGUAGCUUCGUUCUACCCUGUCCUACCCUUAUUUUACUGUACUCUACUCUAAUGUAUCCUACCGUACCCUACUCAAUAAUAUUAUAUUGUACCUUAUGUUACUAUACCCUAUGCUGCGCUUCUUUACUGUACUCUAGUCUACUUUACUGUACCCACUGUAUCCUACCGUACCAUACCGUACCUUAUCGUAUUCUACCCAAUAAGUCAUUAUUCUAUUGUACUUUACCUUACUAUACCUUAAAUUAGCUAUCCUGCGCUUACAUACCGUACCCUACCUUACUGUACUUUAGUCACACAGUAAUAUAUCAUCCUUCGUUGCCUUAUCUUUCUCUCAACUAUCCUAGCGUGUGUUAUUCUUUACCUUACUCUAACAUAUGUUAUCUUGCUCUGACAAGACAAAUUUUUUAAAUUAAAAAUUUUUAGAAUUGCCAAUGCUGCCAAGCCCAAAUCCAUCGUAAUGCACCAAUUUGUCCCAUGUGCAAGAGCAAAAGUCGCUCCAAAAACCCGAAGAAGCCAAAACGCAAGAAUCCAGACUCAGGUUGUUGA